AGUUGAGCGAAAUAUACCACAAAGAAAUGUUGGCUGAGCGGCGGCAACAUCAUUUCGCCACGAACAGCGCUAGUGUACGGAAGUAAGCGCGAAUAAAUGCGGAUACAUGAUUUCGGUUAUGAUUAUAACGGACUGAAUGAUAUUGCGGAUACGCGUUAAGUGCGAAUUUGGUGAAAUUAACUCUUAUUGAAAAAUUGCUGAAAUAUUCAUAAAUAUCUGGUUGUGGGGGGUGAAAGCUGCACUAUGUAAGCAAACAAACAAUUACAAUAACUACCAACCUACACCAGAAGGUACAUAACCUUCUGGAAACUUUGCAGUGCUCUGAAUGAAUUUUGACAACUUGAGAACAGAGCUGAGGAAGUGAUAAGUGAGCGCGUGAAUAAUAAUAACAGAAGAUUGGAGAGCAAUUCGAAAGACAAUUAAAACUAAUAGAAAGCAAAUAACAACAAAAACUUGAUAAAAGUGACACAUACCAAUACUUGUACAUAUGGAUGUACAUAUCUGUGCAUAAGACAUGUUCACUUGUAAUUGGAAUGCAAACAAAUUAACAAUCGACACACACAAGAAAAGCAAGUGCAAAAAAAAUAAAUAACAGUAACUCUAAAUAACUACAUGAGAGCAAUAAUGUGCGGCACUUAAAAACCAAUAAGUCAGUUAAGAAAACACAAACAAAAACAUAAUAAAUAUAUACAAAUAAACAAAACAAUCAACAAGCAAACAUUAUUAACAAUAACAAUUACAACAACUAUACAUUCUUCUUAUGUGCCAUGUGCAGAUGUGUAGAAGUAGCGGUGUAAAGCACUAUUCACUGCUCCGAAGUCAUAGUGCGGCAUAGUUGACAAAGUGACAGUGACAAUAAGUGAUAAGCAAAGAACGGAAAGAGCAAAACAACACAGCGGUAAACAUACCUUUUGCGACCCUGCAGUGCUGCGGGCACACAUACACUUACUCAGUUAUACAUACAUACAUACAUCCAAUACAAAUGUCCAACAUGCCGGUUCCUGUGAAUUACCGUUGCAGAUUAUGCGCCGACAGUCUAAUUGCGGUUAUUGUUGUUCUACGGCUGCUGCUCUUCCUGACUCGUGUCGGUCAUAGCACCUGUCAAGAUCCUGAAGUCUACUUUCCCAUGACUGCAGUAAAAUUAAAUCUACCAUUUAACGAAAAGUCACAAAGUAUAUUUUCCAAAAUACCGAUUGGACGCUUUGAAAUAUUGCCCGUUGGUAAGGGCAGUGAGGACAAAACUAUAGAAUAUCUCUACACUUUGGAGAAUAAUGAACUGCUGCAUGUGAACGGCAGCACCGGAGAGGUCUUCAUGAAGAACGAUUAUCAAGCCACACAGAAGAAGACGAAAAUAAUUUUAACCGCCAUACCGCGGAAUGCGCACAAAACGCUUGGCAACAUACCGCAAAUGGCAUUGGAGGUGACGCCACAAGCGGAAGCUGAGUAUUGUGCAAAUCUGGAGAAUGUCUGCUUCUGGGAUGCGGCGCACUAUACAAUAAUGGAAGAUGCCACGGCUAAGGAGUCGGAGCAGAUGAGUACAUUUGAACCUUUGCGUGUGGGCACAUUGAAUCCACGUGCCACACGUUAUCUAUGCCCCACGAUGGAUGUUAAAUACACGCUGACGAGUGGUGACAAAUAUUUUGCAUUAAAAAAUAAUGAAAUCUACACUAAAGUACCGUUGGAUUAUGAGUACUUCAAUACAACAGAAGUGGAAAAUUUCGCAGUAACCGUUGGUUGCACUAUUAAAAUGAGCGGCGAGAAAACGGUCGUGUUCAAUAAGACGCUGCAUGUGGCGCUUUUGGAUCGCAAUGACAACGGACCGGAGUUACAAAAUGAGGGCGUCUACAAUUUCUUGUUGGAUAAUCCACAUUUCAAACAGAACGCUCCAAUUGGAAAUAAGGUUAUAUUCAUGGAUAGAGACUCGCUUACAUCGAACACACAUUUAACUUAUCAGAUUUUCAAUGACACCAGCGAAUUGGUGCGCCCCGAUUGCACUGCCUACGAAGCUGAUCAUACCGGAAAAAUAAAGUCCAUUUUCAGUUGUCAGAUUCUAUUUGCACGCAACGGUAUUCUGAGUCAAUCAUCAUAUUGCUUCAGUUUGGUUGCCAGCGACAGCACUGUCAACACUAAUACAAUAAAAACAGCAAAAGCGAAUAUAUGCCUACGCACCGAUCCUAGUAAGAUACACGAGGCUGAUCGACCGCGCGUUUUAGAGUUGCGCCAACAACGUGGCAUGAGCCGACGUCUAACCAACGUGGCUGACUCGAUAUUGGAAAACGAUAAGAACGGUUUCUUAGCACCAAGCAUUUUAAGCACCUAUACAAAGGAUGUUUUCAUCCAGCGCACGGCAAUGGCUUAUAGUCGUGUGGCACAGCCAGAGAACUAUCAGAGUUUAAUGGAAAUGUCAGCGGUGCGCUUCACGAUCGCUGAAGAUCGUAGUGGCGCUUUUGGCAUAACAUCAUCAGCGGGAAUCAUUUAUGUAAAGAAUACGGCGGCGUUGGAACAAUCGCCGGAAACAGUUUACUUCCUCAACAUCACUUGGCAUGACACCUAUCAACGUUCGUUCGUUGUCAAUGUGCAUUUGGUCGACGGCCAGGCCAACAAUGCCACCUGCGAUCAUAAGAUCAAAUCGCGCAGUCAAACUUGCGCACAAAUUAAAUACCAAAAACAAUGUACGAAAUUUUGUGGUCUCGGCACAAAUGGUGGCGCCUGUGUGUGGCGUGGUUCCAACGCCGGUUUCUUCGGACGCAAUUACGCUUCUUGCGUGCCCGAUGCUACAUACUGUACGGACAAUGUUUGCGAUCCAUUAGAAGAACUGAAUACGUUCAUUUGUCCACAGGAUUGUGUGGGAGCUGGUAAAAUUAUGGGUCCACAUACAUCCAAUAAUAAUAAACGUGGCAUAUAUUCCGCUUCCGGCACCUGCACCUGUGAAGACAAUGGAAAAUGUUUGUGUGCGCCACUCGACGACGAGGAGCCACGUCCGAAGCGCAAACGGAAGAAUGAAACAAAGUCGUUAGAUGUCAAUAAAUUGACGAAAUUUGGUGGUUCGGAUAUAGCGCAGUCAGCACAAAAUAAUCUGAAUAACAACGGUGUUAUUGAACAGGAUGCUAUGAGCAUACAUGUGGCCGGUUUUACAUGCGGCAGGUCAUGCAUUAUACUGGCCGUCACAUGUCCACUUAUACUGAUCGUGUUGUUGGUCUGUUUAAUUGCAUCACAACGUAACCUCAUACGACGUACGCGUGGAAAGGAGGUGCUGUCGCAAAAACCAUCACCGAACGGUGAUUGUGAUAUACGUAACGGCGAUGUACCGUUAAUGCAGUUGGAGUGCGGUUUGACUAAAUUCGAUACGGCCGACUCAAAAUGGGAGUUCGAUCGUGCAAAGCUCCAGCUAGAUGUGGUACUCGGUGAGGGUGAGUUCGGUAAAGUGAUUAAAGGUUAUGCAACUAAUAUUGCCGAUAUAACCGGUGUAACUACGGUGGCCGUUAAGAUGCUUAAGAAUGGGGCCAAUUCGGUCGAGUAUAUGGCAUUGUUGUCGGAAUUUCAAUUGCUACAGGAGGUCUCACAUCCGAAUGUGAUUAAGUUACUCGGCGCCUGCACGAAAGGCGAGACGCCAAUGAUUAUCAUUGAGUAUGCAAAAUAUGGCUCGUUGCGCAGUUAUUUACGUUUGAGUCGGAAAAUCGAGUGUUCGGGUGUGGAUUUUACUGACGGUGUGGAGCCGAUAACUGUGAAACAUAUUUUAUCGUUUGCAUGGCAGAUAUGCAAGGGUAUGGCGUACUUGACAGAGAUAAAGCUAGUACAUCGAGACUUAGCGGCGCGUAAUGUCUUACUGGCCGACGGCAAAAUUUGCAAAGUAUCAGAUUUCGGACUAACACGUGAUGUCUAUGAGGACGAUGCGUAUUUGAAACGUUCACGUGACCGGGUGCCCGUGAAGUGGAUGGCGCCCGAAUCAUUGGCAGACCAUGUGUACACCACCAAAUCCGAUGUGUGGGCUUUUGGUGUGCUUUGUUGGGAAUUGAUAACGCUAGGCGCAUCACCAUAUCCCGGCAUACCACCACAGAAUCUCUAUCAUUUAUUGAAAACCGGCUAUCGCAUGGAGAAACCCGAUAAUUGUUCGGAAGAAAUCUAUUCCAUUGUGCGCACAUGUUGGAUCGACGAUCCAAACUCACGUCCGUCCUUCAAGUAUCUCGCUUCGCAAUUCGAAAAGUUACUCGGCAAUAAUGUCAAAUAUAUCGAAAUGGAGUCGAGCGCCAUUUCAAAUCCCAUGUAUUGCAUGGAUGAGGCCAAACUUACCGGCGCAUCGCAACAGGAUUUAACUGCAUGCCUCGACCAGCAGCUGGGUGAGCCCGACGUGUUGGAUCAUCUUUGGCAAACACCGAAAAUUUGCUAUGACACACAAGAAUGUCCGAGUAGUCGUGAAUUCUCCACAAAUUUCAGCAUGGAAUUUCAACAGACACCACCACCGCCUGGCUAUGAUGUACCGCGUCCACUUAUCGAGGCCGCCACUACAGAGCAGACGUUACGUUAUGAAAAUGAUUUGCGUUUUCCAUUAAACAUACGUAAGUCCGUAUGUAACGCUAGUAUUGCGUCGAAUAGUCAAAAUGGCAGCAAAGCUGGUGGUGGUUAUGGCGUCGGUGAUGGAUGUGGAUGUGAAGAUAGCAGCGAUGCCUUGGUGGCGCAUUAUUCGGUGCCAGUGAAACGUGGACGGUCCUAUGUGGAUAUGACCAACAAGACAUUCAUACCCGAUAAUUUGGAUAGUGAGGAAUUUGAGAAACAUUUCUCGAAAACAAUCUCUUUUCGAUUUUCUAGUCUACUAAAUUUGAAGGAGCAAGACUUAGGCGCUGUUUAAGAGUAUAUUAUAUAAGGAUACCGGGUUGUAGGAGUGUUUUCUUAUUUAUAAAUUUGUUUACUUAUAGUAUUUUAUAAUGUACUUGUAUUUGUAGAUGUGUAUGUAAAGUAACUUGUUGAUUAGUUUUAGUUCAUGUAUUUAUAAAAUUAAUUAAAUUAUUUGUGUUUAAGGAAUUUUGAGGUUAGUGGAGAGGCUAAUUUUUAUAUGAAAUCUCGAUGUGUAAAUGUUUGUAUGUAUGUGUGUGUGCGUACCUAUAACGCAUUUAAAUUAAGUUUGGCUGAAUUAAUUGCCAAAAUCAAAUACUCUGGUAAUAAAAUUUAAAUAGUUUUUAUCUUUGGCAAUUUUGCGCAUUACUAUUAAUUAAUUUAUUAAGUAAUUUCAUAUGUGAUUUAUUCUUUUUAAAUUUUUGCCAUUUAAAAUAAAAGAUUACUCGUGAUUGAAUGCUUUUAUUAAUUUUUUUAAUUUAAGCUUCAUUUAAAAUUUAAACUUUUUCAGGAAAUUUUCAAAAUGUUUGUAAAGUUUUGCACCAAUAAGUUAUUAUUUUGAGUAUUUUACAAUUUUUAUAAUAAUGUACAAUUAAAAAUUUAUGUAAUGUUUUAUUAAAAAUUAUGAAUUAUAAAUAUAAUUAAAUGCAAAUAUCUACUAAGCUUAAUAAACAUUCCUAUUGUUAAGCACAAGCAAAACAUAAAAAAAAAAUUGUUUAACAGGACUUUAGGAAAUUGCUAAGUCCGUCAAGCCACGAUUUAAAUGCCCUAAUUUAUUAAUUAAGCUUUCCUAUAGUACCUACAUUUAAAACAAAAGUUAUACAAAAUAAAGUAAAAAUAUGAGAAAUCAAAACAAAGCAAAAAAUUGUUUACAAAGUUUGGCAAUGUUUGACUAAGAUGCAACCAGAAUGCAGAGAAUGUAAAAUUCUCUGCAGAAUGUAUGUACAUAGACAAAGAAUAAGAAAUUGGGGGUCAAAACUGGACAAAAGGAUCUAUAAAUAUCUUUUCUUACAAAUUUGAAAUUAUGAUCCACGACUGGGAUAAGAAAGCCGAGCACAGACACUUACAAUAAAUUGUACCAAAUCUCACUGGGAAAUAGGAUGAUUAAGAGUGACAACUCCUCUUCAGCGGACUUAUGUAUGUAUGUGUAUAAAGAAAAAAAAAACACAAUAAAGCGCUCAAAUUUGAAUAGUUAGGAAAUUCACAACAAGGUUACAACCUUCGAUUCGACCGAUGACGGGGUUGAGUGAUGCUUCGGAAUUAAUCGUAUAUUAUUAUUGAAAUUUUCAACUUUUGGAACAAUUUCCCCAAUUUGUUCAAUUCUGUUUAAUUACAAAG